UCUGCACCCAAGGAGCACCCUCAGCAGCGCCCCUCUUUUUUGGGGCUGGCACCUCUCACGGGCUGGGGGGACCGGCGAGCACCCGCAGCCCCCCAGCCUGGUCACGGCACCUUUGCUGCAGCCCCCGUCGCACCCUGCGUGGGGACCCACCGGCUCCUUUCCCAUAGCCCACAACAAGCCAUUGAUGGCCACCGGCUCUGCUCGGAGGGACGGGGCUGAGCAGUUGGGCUGGUGAACAAUAGCGGCGCUGGAAAACAAUGGAGCUGCCGCACCUUCGCGCUUAGGGACGCCGGACGGACGCUCGGAAGAAAUCCUGGCUUCAAAAUAGGGCCUGGGCCGGAGCUAUCGCUGCAGCGGCCCGUGGGAGCCGUCCGCCGAGCACCGUCGGUCAAGCAAAGGAUCUGCCAGGACGGGUUCAGCUCCCAUGAAAGAAGAGCGGGAGGAUGGAUUACGGCGGCUGCGAGUACCUGGUCCCCUGCGGAAAAGGCAAAUACAUCUCCAAAAACGAGCUGCUCUUACACUUGAAGACAUACAACAUCUACUAUGAAGGGCAAAAUUUGCAACUGCGGCACCGGGAGGAGGAAGGCGAGCUUAUCGUGGAGGGGCUGCUGAACAUCUCCUGGGGCUUGCGGCGACCCAUCCGCCUGCAGAUGCAGGACGACAACCAGCGCAUCCGCCCUCCGCCCUCCUCCUCCUCCUGGCACUCGGGCUGCAACCUGGGAGCCCAUGGGUCUGUGCUGAAGCCCAGCACCGUGCCGGACAUCCAGGUUACGGCUGCGGAGGCCGUGCCAAACGCAGAGGCUCCCGGGAGCGGCGCAGGUGCCAAAUCGCAGCCGGAGGAGACGCCGCAGCUGAUGCGGACACGGAGCGAUGUGGGCGUCCGGCGGCGGGGCAGCUCCCGCACCCCCAGCGAGCAGCGGCGCAUCCGCCGUCACCGCUUCUCCAUCAACGGGCACUUCUACAACCAUAAGACAUCCGUGUUCACGCCAGCCUACGGCUCUGUCACCAAUGUCCGGAUAAACAGCACGAUGACGACGCCCCAGGUCCUCAAACUGCUGCUCAAUAAAUUCAAGAUCGAAAACUCGGCGGAGGAGUUUGCGCUGUACAUCGUCCACACCAGCGGAGAGAAGCAGAAGCUGCGAGCCAGCGACUACCCCCUGAUCGCCCGCAUCCUGCAGGGCCCCUGCGAGCAGGUCUCCAAGGUCUUCCUCAUGGAGAAGGACCAGGUGGAAGAAGUCACCUACGACGUUGCUCAGUACAUUAAAUUUGAGAUGCCCGUCCUCAGGAGUUUCAUCCAGAAGCUGGAGGAAGAGGAGGAUCGCGAAGUGAAGAAGCUAAUGCGCAAAUACUCCAUCCUCCGGCUGAUGAUUGAGCAAAGGCUGGAGGAGAUUUCUGAAGGUCCGACGGCGAUGUGAAAUGCCUCACCGGCGCCUCGACGAGCCGGUUGCCUGCAGGAUGUACCGUACGGAAUCCCAAACCCCCGUCGUGCCUGGAGCGCUCCCGGGGUCCGCCCGGAUCGCUCCGGCUCUGAGCCAACCCCAUCCUCCCGCGCCUUCAUCUGCGCAGCUUCCUCGGGGGGUUUCUCCUCUGCAGAUGGGUUUUUUUUUCCCCAGCAAGGUUCUGGCCAAGUGGCAGCUUCAGCCAAAACACCAAAUCCCCGGAAAUAACAAGGGGAAUUUAAAAAAAAAAAGGAUUAAAAAAAAAAAAAGGAGGAAAUCCGUGAGCAGGGUGAAGCUGCCGAGGACAGGGCCGAGCGGGGGCUGCGAGACAUCGACAGCAAGAACUUGGGUUGUUUGAAGAUGCUCGCGGCAGCGGUGCCCGCACGUGGCUCCCAGCGGAGAACACACUGCUCAGUGGCAAGAGAGCACAAAUAAUUCCUCUUUUUUUUAAAAAAAAAAAAAAAAAAAGCACAUUUCUAUUGCAAUACGUCGCAGGUGAUGGGAAGCUUUUGUAAAUCAAGAAUUGGGAGGUUUUUAACACUUUUGCUGCCAAAAGCAAACCUGGGGACCGAGGGUUGGAUUUACAGCGAAAGAGUAAAUCGCCUUUUUUUCCAGCGCCUUCCCUUAACCUGCAUCUGGUCGCGUAACUCCCUCCUUCCCCCGUUUCUAAUUUGCACUAAUUUUAGGGAUUUCAAAAAAGAGAAACAAACCACACCAUGAUGUCAAACCUCUCUGGUAGCCGCAACACGCCAAAUAGCGCUCGCAGGAAUGGUUUGUGGCGCUGAGCAUCCCUUGAGGGAUGCUGUACAGAAAGGGGGGGGGGGGCGGCAGGAGGAGGGAGAGGCAGAAAUAAAGAGGGGUUUCCUUUGAAAAUGGGUUUUGCAGCGGUGCUGGCACAUGGUCCUGGUCACACCUGGACCAGGACUGGCUCCAUUAGCAUCAUCACACCUGGAAAAACCUCUUUCCUCCCAGGCUAAACCAGCAAUAUCAAUUUUAUACCUCGAUGUGAACUAAAACUCUGACUUUCCCCCUCACUUGAGUUUUUGCAAUGUAUCUUUGUAAUUUUUUUUUUAUUUUGAUGGUACCUUUUCCACCUUUAACACAGGUUAGGGAAAGUAUUGUACAGCGAGAAAAGCUUUUUAUGUAUUUGAAGGAUGACUGUGGCAUUGCUUCAUUGAUUAACAUGAAAACAAAAUAUGUAGCAACUUAAUACAGAAUGAAAACCCCUGAGUCAGAGCCUGGUUUGUUCAAAAUAAAGCACUUUGCAGAUAGGAA